AUGAGGUUCGGAUCGCUAGCGCUGCAACUCCUGCCAGCCGCCUCGGUGGUUCUGGCUGCACCCACUCCCGACACCACUCCCGACACCAUCCAGACUGCCGUGGAUGAUAUUGCGUCGCUCGCUGACCAGGCCUUCAAACAGGCCGAGACGGAAGCAGCUGACAAUGAGAUAAACAAACGCGGGGGGGAGAACACUUGCUCCUGGCGGAAUGUCAGCGUUCGCAGGGAAUGGGGUAGUCUGUCCAAGACGCAGCGCAAGGCGUACACUGACGCGGUGCUCUGCCUCCAAGAGAAGCCUGCGCGCACGCCUGCCGAGGUGGCCCCCGGUGCGAAGACGCGCUUUGACGACUAUGUCGCCACGCACAUCAACCAAACGCUCCAGAUACACUACACGGGCAACUUCCUCGUGUGGCAUCGAUACUACACGUGGCUGUACGAGCGUGCACUGCGGGACGAAUGCGGCUACACAGGCUACCAGCCGUACUGGGACUGGGCCAAGUCGGCCAUCAUUGGCAUGCACGACUCGCCCAUCUUCGACGGCUCCGAUAGCUCCAUGUCGGGCGAUGGCGAGUUCAUCCCUGACCGCGAGGACAUCAUCCUCGGACAGGCGCAGGGUCUGCCUCCCGUCUACCUGCCGGUGGGCGAAGGUGGCGGCUGCGUCAAGUCGGGACCAUUCAAAGACAUGGUGGUGAAUCUUGGUCCUGCUGCCCUCGACCUGCCCGGAGGCCUCGUCGACGCCAACCCAGAGGGACCUCUUGCUCACAAUCCGCGUUGCCUGAAGCGCGACCUGUCGACCGAGGUCAACCGUCGCUAUGCCAAUGCCACGGCGGUGCUCGCCAACUUGAUUCAGCCCACAAACGUCUACGACUUCCAGAUGCAGAUGCAGGGCGUCCCUGGAUCUGGUAGCAUUGGUAUCCACGGUGGUCCUCACUAUAGUCUGGGGGGCGAUCCUGGACGCGAUGUCUUCACGUCUCCCGGCGAUCCCGCCUUCUACCUGCACCACGCCAACAUUGACCGCAUCUGGUGGAUUUGGCAGAUGUUGGACCCCCAGACCAGGAUCCACAGCAGCGUAGCGAUUGCGGGCACGAAUACGUUCUUGAACCAGCCUCCGAGUGCUGACACGACUUUGGAGGAUUAUGUCGAGUACGGCUAUGCGGAUGGCCCGGCGCGUCAGAUCAAGGAUCUGAUGAGCACCUUGGGUGGCCCUUUUUGCUACAUUUAUUUGUGA